UAAGGGAGCCAGGAUAGUCUGACUUCAGCCGAAAAGUCUCUGAAUGCAGGGAGGAAUCUGUUGGACUUUCCUGAGCUGAGGUGACGUGUGGUGAACCGUGUGUCAGGCAGCCGUGCUCCGUAGCCAGAUCUGAACCUUUCCUCCGGAGGAUUCUUGGUCCGUAAAGAGGGCCUCAGAUGGUACCAGUCGCCUGGAGCCAUGUCACCCAUGACCAGCCCGUAAGAGCCCUUCCAGAAGUGUAAACAGGUUCAGCCACAGCGACAGCUGUCUGUUGGAGCCAGCGGGGACCUGAGCUGAGCCGGGCCGGGCCGGGCCGGACCAUGUGCUCUCAGCCCUGCUGACACACUGACGGUGGAGGGAGACGAUCCAAAAGUCCUGAGAAGAAGCUGCUCAAUCACCCCCCCCCCCCCCCCAUCACCACCACCACCACCACCACCAGUAAAUCAGGGUCUGCUCCCCCAGGACCAUGUCUACCCUCCUGGGAGUUGACGAGGACCCUGCUGGGGAGACGGCCAGCACACUGCCUGCUUACUGCCGACCUGAAACCAAGGUGGUGACCAUAACCCUGUCAGGGUCCUCUGUACCCUUGUCAAGGCAGGGUACCGCAUACAGCCAAGAGCCUGGAGCAGUAGAGCAGGCCAGCAGGACCCACAGGCCACGAGUAUCCCAGAAGUCCUCUUCAGGAAACUACAUCACCACAGUUGAUGGCCAAGGCCAUCUGAUAGACCUGGCAAAGGACCAGCUACCUGACAUGCAGCUCUCUGAAGAGGACAAGAGGAAGAACCUGGAACUGCUGCUGGAGGCCAAGGAGGUCAGCGAACGUUUCCUCACACGCAGAGGGAGAAGGUCUACCUCCAGUAUCUCAGACUCCCCUACAGGCGCCGGUCCCACUCCCAACUCCUCUCCAGCACCGUCCCGAAGCAGCUCGCUCAGCGCUAUGCCUUCCGUUUCAGCAGCGGAUAUGGCCGAGGCGAAUUACGUCAGUUCCCCUGUUGUCCAGGACUCUCGGACCCUGAAGGAGGUGCGGCCUGUGAGCCUGGGCCCCGAGCCACUGAGUCCCUUACUCCCCGGGGGAACCAAACUGUCUGGGGUCGGCGCUGCCCAGAGAAUGGGCCGCGACUCUAAGAAGACUGAUCUAGUAGAAGGGGCCUCAAGUGGUGCCAGGAAGGAUGGCACAGGGCAAGGCGAGGCCUCUGCCACGAGUUCAGCCCGGCCGGUGCCCCGCAGCGCCCCCAUGAGGGUACCCUGCACCGCUGAGAUCAAGACCCUGGAGGCCUUUCCGCCGCUGAUGCGUGCGGCCUCCUGGGAUGCGGCAGGCUCCUCCCCCGAGCUCGAAGAGGAGCCGCCUUUCACGUCUGAGCUGCUGGAAGAGGCCACCCCCAUGCAGCCUGCAAAGAUGGAGAAGCUGGCCAGACUGCGAGAGGAGCACAAGCUGCUCCGGCACCAAAGCAUCAUCGGAUCCAAGCUCCCGGACCUGAGUGAAACGGCCGAGCUGGACAGAGGUCCUUCUACGAACAAGGAGUCCAGGGGUCAGAGGUCAGAGGUCAUGCCCAACAUCUCCGAUGUGAUGCUGCAAAAGCUGAAGCUGCACCGGGCUCAGACGGGCAGCUCCCCCCCGCUCACAGAGAGAGAGGUCGAGAAUGCAUUUGUGCAGCUCUCGUUGGCUUUCCGUAAUGACAACUAUACCCUGGACACGCGUCUGCAUCUGGCUGAGCGGGAGCGCUCCCUGACCGAGGAGAACGCCGAGAAGGAGCUGGAGGACUUCAAAGGCUCCCUUCAGAAAACUGCUGUGCUAUGGCAGAGCCAAGAGCACCGGGAAUCCUACCAGCGCCUCCUGGAGACGGUGGCAGUACUGCACCGGCUGGCAACACGCCUCUCCAGCCGGGCCGAGAUGGUCGGCGCCGUGCGGCAGGAGAAGCGCAUGAACAAGGCUACUGAAGUGAUGAUGCAAUAUGUGGAGAACUUGAAGAGGACCUAUGAGAAGGAUCACGCUGAACUUAUGGAGUUCAAGAAGCUGGCCAACCUAAACUCUGGCCGUGGCUACGGCACAUCUGCAGAUGCAGACGAUGGCGUUCCCCGUGCAUUGCGCUCAAUGUCGCUGACCAUGGGAAAGGCCGUGCCUCGGAGGAGAGUCAGUGUGGCCGUGGUUCCCAAAUUCAACCUGGUCAGCAUCCCAGGCCAGGCUGCUGUCGCUGCCAGACCCAUGGUUCCCAUACUGUGUGAGGCCAGCGAUGUGAAAGUCUGCCCCCCCGCAAGACCUCUACUGCAAGCCACACCUGCCGACAGCAGAAAGACCGCAGCCGAACCAGAACAGGAAACAUCGCCCCCUGCCAAAUCGCCCAGCUCCGCAGAGAAGAUUUCCUCGGAGAUGAAAGCCAAGAUCGAGGAGGAGGCCUACAGUAAGGGAUACCAGGAGGGAUUGAGGAGAGUCAAAGAGAUGCAGCAGCUGGAGGAAGAGGAGGAGGCAGAGGAGGAGGAAAAAGCAGAGGAGAGCCAGGAAGUGGUCCGAAAGGAAGAGGAAGACUUGGAGGAUAGAACAAGCCACAGCAGCAGAUUCAAUGGUUUCCCGGACGUCUUUGGCCGGCUGCUUCCAAAGGUUCUCAGGCAAAAACGGUUCAUUUGGACGGCCAUGAUAGUCCUGACUCUGCUGGCAGCUGUUUUAUUUGCGUUUGGGGCUUUCAGCUACUUCUCUGAAAAUCAAAGAGAGUUACCUGGAGUGUCAAGUUUGUCUUCACGCAAGAAGAGGCUUGUGGGGUGGAACUCGGCACUUGAAGAUAAGAAUGGAAGCCCAGAGUAACAAUACUCUGUCAACACCCGCUUAAUUAAUACUGAGACUAUCAGGUGUUGGGAGAUGUAAUGACCUGUAUAGCCUGCAUUGUUUCCAUGAGACCCCUCAGUUAUAUGAGUAGGAAAGGACGAUGGGUGUGAUGAAUGAUCAUUUUAACUGAUAUGCAUGUGAGCAUUACGAUCUCGUGUCCGUUGACACAGGUGAUUUGUUUGUGAUGAGGUUCCUACCGCCAGUAAUGAAGACAGCGGAUACUCCAAGGGAGCAAAGGGGUCACAGGUUCGAAUUCUCAUGAUCGGAAGUCAUAACUACCUUUGCUGUACUGGGAUUUGAUAAUAACUUUAAAGAGGUUUAUUUUUUGAAGAAUUUUGUUUCAUUGUUUUGUUAGAAUACUUUGUUGGGUGCAUGUAGUUCGUGAGGUACUGGAGUGGGUGAUUUCUCAUCAGUCGUUUAUCUUUAUUUCAGCUGCUGCCAUUGUAUGUUUUGUAAGAGUCUCCUGACUGUCCAUAUAAGAGCCUAAUUGCACAAUUUAUUAAUUCCAUUCUACGUACUGUAGACAAUGACAGCAAUUCUUUAAACACAAUGCAGGAAUCACCCAUGUAAUGUAAAUUAAGCUGUGGCGGCAGAGGAUGGUAAUAAUUUCCUGCUUAUUGUCCCCCAGUUACUUAGGCGGGGUAAAUGGGUAAUUGUAUACGUUUAAUAAAGUGUUAUUGAAAAGCGGUUUUAAUAAAAUAAGAGUUUUCCCUGCUGA